CGUCUGAGCUGGUGGUGGCGGCGCCGCAUUUUAUCCGCGCGCGGCCCAAGAACCACACGUGAUUCACGGAAGUACAUCAAAACCCGCAACUUAUCGUGAACUAGACCCAAUCACUGGAUAUUUUCCAGCGAAUUAUUUUGUGUGCUGUGUGAGUGUGUCGGUGUGCGUGGUGUAACCUGCGUGUUAUACUGCUCAAACGAAUGUGUGCGGACGGUCGAAAACUUGCUGUGAAUCGACGAGUUUCCCGAAUUUCGAAACUCUAUAGAUGGAACAUGAAACGACCAAGAUUCUGCUUGCCCUGCUCUGCCUUGGGCUGGUAUUUGCCUUCCCACACGACACUCAACAGAAGCUGGACGAGGCCGAGAAACGCAUUCAGUAUUGCGGCACUAAGUUGUCCACAACCAUCUCAAUCGUUUGCCAUGGCUAUUAUAAUUCAUACAUUACAGACAGACCAACAGCACAGCCAUUCAUAAAUCCACGCGAAGCGAAAGCAAUGCUUCGAAGAAAACGCCGUGGAAUUAUCAACGAAUGCUGCCGCAACUCGUGUACGAUCACAGAGCUCAAAAGCUUCUGCGGAAAACCUUAAGCAACAAGCUCCAAAAUUGAUCGUGUGGAAGCGGAUAUAAAAUGUGAUAGUAAAUUUGUUCAAAGCCACUCACUGCGAACGUCAUCUCAUUAGCACCUAAGUAGUACCUCCUGAUAAACAAGAUGGCUGGUUAAUAUUUAACCCCCGACAUGGAAAUUUCUAGUCAUGCACCACGAGAAUUUGUUAAUAUUGUACAAGUUGUUGACCACAAAUUAUUUCGCGGCCGUGUGUGUGGCGAAACCAUCUCAUUCUCAACUGUGUUAUAAUUUAUAGUAAAUUGUUUGUGUGUGUAUUUUUUUCUUCUUAUUUUUGUAAACUCAGCGUGUGUCUGAUCGAUGGCCUUGUGAUAGCGCGCUGAGUGUGUAUUGGUUUGCGUUUUUAAUUUUGUGUAAUUAGCUAGUUAUCUGCCAGAAACUCGUAAACAUUACAAAUAAAGACGGAUUGAUAAUGAUAA